AAUUUUUCGAUAAAAACAGAAAUUCCAUAUAUGUGGGAUAUCAUAGUGAAUGAAUAAAUUUCCGAUUCUUAAUGGAAACAUGACAUUCUUAAUGGAAAGAUAACAUACAGAGGACCAAGUACAAGUUUUCAAAUACAUAUGUACGUGCAACCAAACAAUAAUAUAUGUAUUUUAAAUGCGAACUUACCGGUAGCGGUUUCCUUUUAUUAGAAACUCUCAUUCUGCUGUUGUGUAAGCAUUUAACUUUAGUUCAGAGUCUCACGUACGGAAAUUUUAUGGAAUCACUUUUGUAUGGAUGUAACAUUAAUUAUUCUGAUAAUUCUAUAUUAAACAAUUAACCGAAACACUGAAAUACCACACUAAAUUAAGAAUCAUUGAAAAUUGUUAACGUUACUCAAAGGAAACGGAAAUACGCGCACUUAUAUUCUGUUAAUGUCACUAGGAAUUGUUAUUCCUAUGAGAUUUAUUCAUUUUCAUUCAAAAAUUUUCACAUACACACAUAUGUAUGUACAUACAAUACAUAUGCAUAUGUGUAAUUACUGCCAUAUAAUUGAAUUUUAAAUUAUUGCAAAUAUAAAUAUUAACUAUUUGAGGCUUCGAUUUAAAUAAUAGACAUGUUUAUACACCAAUAUGCGUUUACAUAUUCCACCAGGUUUUAUUUUAUGCUCUUAUUGGAAUUAAGGCACAAUUUAUUCGUGCCUUGGAAAUCGGCUACAUAUUUUGUUAAAAAUAACUGAAAAUUUAUGCAGAAAUCGUUUAAUGGACAUUCCGAUUACUUCAAACUCACUAAUUACACCUUUUUAUACUAAAGAAUUAAAACUUUGAGACGUGAAGCACUUUAUUUGUUCACUGAAUCCGCCCGGAAAUUAUUUACGCGCCCGUUUCGUUUUUCAAUAAGUAGGAACUGCUCAAAUAUGUUAUGGAUGGGUGAAAGCUUUUUGCAUGACAGAUAUUACAAUCGAUUAUUAUGCCAACGAACUUUUUAAGAGUCGGAAAACGAUGAUUUAUACGCCAAUUUCCAACAAUAAAUUGUAAUUUUGAUAUUUAAUGGUAUAAGAAAUAUUAAAUUUAGAUAAUUAUGCUAUAUUUGAGAUUUUCAUCACAAAGCGUUUAUACUUAUCAGAUUCCAUUAUUAAUAGGAACAAUAAAUUUAUUUCGAUACGUUUAAGAAACACAAUCGAUUCAUUAUUAUAUCUAAUAAGUAUUUUACAUGGUUGUGAAAUAAGAAAGCGCGCAUUUGAAUAAGAUUUUGUAAAAACAACCCAAACUGUGGAACGAAUAAUCAAUUAAUUAAAAGUUAAUAAAUCAUCCAGUGCAUUAUUUCGGCUAAUAUAAUAGGAAUGAAGCGUUCGAAGGAAAAAUAUAAUUUACGCAGUAAAGCUGAGUCUCCUAGUUCCAGUGAAGAAGAGGACAUAUCAGAACCUUCCACCGAUAUAUCGCCACAACUUGUCAUUUCCAAGCACUCACUCAUGCAAAGGCGUUUAUCCGUAGCAAGCAGCAUAUCUGAAUUUCCUUUUAAUAAGAAACGCGUUCGUGUAUUGAGUUCCGAGGAUAAAGUAAGUGAAGUCCAAUGCGGAGGUAUACUCUAUUGGAUGUCGCGGGAUGCGCGGGUGCAAGACAAUUGGGCACUAUUAUUUGCACAACGUUUAGCUUUAAAAUUUGAACUUCCACUUUUGAUUACGUUUUGUAUCACACCGCAAGAUGCGAAUGUUACAAAGCGGCAAUAUGAAUUCCUAUUGAGUGGUUUAGAAGAACUAGAACACGAGCUCUAUGAACUAUCAAUCCCUUUGCACUUAUGCUUUGGAUCAGCAGCAUGUUGUUUACCAGAAUUUGUGCGCUUGCAUGAAAUCUCCGCUGUUGUUUGUGAUUUUUCGCCCUUACGUGAGCACCAGCAGCGCGUAGAAGAAGUAAAAUCAAUUUUACCUGUGAACAUACCAUUUACGCAGGUGGAUGCACACAAUAUAGUGCCUUUAUGGAUAGCUUCCCAUAAACAAGAGUUUGUGCCUUUUUAUAUGCGUCGAAGGAUUUACCCAAUAUUGGAUGAAUUUCUCACAGAAUUUCCACCAGUAAUAAAGCAUCCACAUAAUAAGAAUGUUUUCAAUUUCAAACUUGUAGAUUGGAAGAAUGCCCGAAACUGGUUUGAUGGUGAUUGCUCGGUGGGUGUUGUAAAGUGGGCAAAAUCGGGUUAUACCGCGGCAUGUGAGCAAUUGCAAAGUUUUUGUACUAAACGUUUGCCCAUUUAUGGGGAAAAACGUGAUGACCCAACAGUAAAUGCAUUAUCAGGGUUAUCGCCAUGGAUUCGCUUUGGCCAAAUUUCCGCACAACGUUGUGUUCUGGAAGUAAGGCGCUACUCAUCUAAAUGUCAAAAAUCUGUGGAAGCCUUUUGCGAAGAGGCAAUUAUUCAUCGCGAAUUGGCGGACAAUUUCUGUUAUUACAAUAAAAACUAUGACAAUCUUAAGGGGAUAUAUUCGUGGGCAUUUAAUACACUUGAUGAACACCGUUAUGACGAGCGCAAUCCAUCCUAUAAACUUUCAGACUUUGAACAAGCAAAUACACAUGAUGACCUCUGGAAUGCUGCUCAAAUACAACUGGUUCGUGAAGGCAAAAUGCACGGAUUUCUUCGUAAGUAUUGGGCCAAAAAGAUACUGGAAUGGUCCAACUCACCAGAAGAGGCGCUAGAAAUUGCAAUUUAUUUAAACGACAAAUAUAGUUUAGAUGGCAGAGAUUCCAACGGUUAUGUGGGUUGCAUGUUCUCAAUUGGUGGUUUACAUGAUGGUGCCUAUCGCAAUAGAGCAAUUUUUGGUAAGAUUCGUUACAUGAACUACAAAGGAUGUCAGCGUAAAUUUAAUGUGACGGCCUUUGUUGCUCGUUAUAAUACCAAAGAUGUUGUGGAUUAAAAAUUAAACUCAAAGUUCCAAUUCUUAUAGAAAACAUUUUUACAAAUAUUAAAUACAUUCCAAAGCUUUACACCAACUUAUACAAACAAUAAAAA